AAGGCGAUAAAAACAUUCCUUCCUGUGUGACUAACUGCGGUGCGAUACGACCUUUCCCGUCAAAGAAGUUUUCCUUGCUAAUCACGGCCACCCCAACCCGCCAGCAUGCCAUCCGUGGAGCCGGUUGACGAGGCCAAAACCGAGGCUCCAGGCGGCCCGGUAGAAAAUGGUGCUCCGAACGGUGACCAAGACACGCCGGACCAGGAUCGCCAUCUCGUCCCUGCCGAUCGCAUCGAACACAAUGAUGACGCAUCACCGAUCGAGUUGCCGACGGUGCGAGAAUUCACCCAGAACGACAAGAUCAACAAGUUUUUGCUGAACUCGUUUCUGCAGCGUAUGAAUGAAACCAUCGGCGAGGAUCAACAGCGAGCAGCGAACGGCGAGAGCAGUGAGGAACAGGAGCAAGAUUUCGAUUCCUAGAAUCUCGAUGAACCUGUUCAGACACCGUUUUGGAUGGCUUUUUUGUAUUACCCGUAUCUUCGUAUCAAUAGAGUAGAAGUGGAAGUGUUUGUACAAAAAUAAACUUUGCCUUUAAACAAUGCAUAUGAAGUGUUUUGCAUAAGA